AGCGAGAGUUGCCGAGGCUGUGGCUGACACCAUGGGCACCGGGCGGGGGGGCGAGGCGGCCGGGCUCCCUGCGCUCCUCGGCUGAGCCCGGGGAUGUGCCGGCGCCCGGAGGAAUUAUUUUGGAACUAGCACGGAGCGGUGGGAGGAGGACGAGCGACACAGCGUUUCGCAGCUGCGAGGAGGUCGUCCGGCGGUGCUGUAUAGGCAAACAAAUAUCACUUGCUGUGUCAUAGCACAUGGAUUUCAGGACCGCCUGUGAAGAGACAAAGACAGGGGUUUGUUUGCUGCAGGAUGGUAACCAGGAGCCUUUCAAAGUGCGACUGCACUUAGCCAAAGAUAUUUUGAUGAUCCAGGAGCAGGAUGUGAUCUGUGUGUCUGGUGAGCCUUUCUAUUCUGGUGAAAGAACAGUAACAAUUAGAAGACAGACUGUAGGAGGAUUUGGAUUAAGUAUAAAGGGUGGAGCAGAACAUAAUAUUCCAGUGGUCAUUUCUAAGAUUUCCAAAGAACAAAGAGCGGAACUUUCAGGUUUGCUCUUUAUAGGAGAUGCAAUUCUGCAGAUUAAUGGAAUUAAUGUGAGAAAAUGCAGGCAUGAAGAAGUGGUACAGGUCCUUCGCAAUGCAGGGGAAGAAGUGACCCUAACUGUGUCCUUUCUGAAAAGAGCACCUGCUUUUCUCAAACUGCCACUGAAUGAAGAUUGUGCAUGUGCCCCCAGUGACCAAAGCAGUGGCACAUCCUCUCCCCUGUGUGACAGUGGUUUGCAUCUCAACUACCACCCCAACAACACGGAUACGUUAUCAUGUUCCUCAUGGCCAGCAUCCCCAGGACUUAGGUGGGAGAAGAGGUGGUGUGAUCUUCGAUUAAUUCCACUUCUUCAUUCACGAUUUUCCCAGUACCUUCCAGGAUCAGAUUUGUGCAGGCAAAAUGCGUUCCAAGUAAUUGCUGUGGAUGGGGUUUGCAGUGGAAUAAUUCAGUGUCUCUCUGCUGAAGACUGUAUUGACUGGCUACAAGCAAUAGCAAGUAACAUUUCCAACCUCACAAAGCACAAUAUUAAAAAAAUCAACAGGAAUUUUCCCGUAAACCAGCAGAUAGUCUAUAUGGGCUGGACGGAAGAACGGGAACAAGACUCCCUUCAGGACCGAAUGUACACACCAAAGUUCCUAGCACUGAGGGGAUCUUCCCUGUAUAAGUUUAUAGCACCUCCAGUCACAACCUGGGAUUGGACACGAGCUGAGAAAACAUUUUCAGUUUAUGAGAUAAUGUGCAAAAUUCUCAAGGACAGUGAUCUACUGGACCGUCGGAAACAUUGCUUCAGUGUCCAGUCUGAAUCUGGAGAAGAUCUUUACUUCUCUGUGGAACUAGAGUCUGACCUAACACUAUGGGAAAAAGCCUUCCAAACAGCAACUUUUUUAGAAGUUGAACGGAUACAGUGCAAGACGUAUGCCUGUGUUUUAGAGAGUCAUCUUAUGGGACUUACCAUCGACUUCAGCACGGGCUUUGUUUGUUUUGAUGCUGCCACAAAGGCUGUGCUUUGGAGGUACAAGUUUUCCCAGCUCAAAGGUUCUUCAGAUGAUGGGAAGAGCAAAAUCAAAUUUUUGUUCCAAAACCAAGAUACUAAACAAAUCGAAGCAAAGGAGCUGGAGUUUUCAAACCUGUUUGCAGUCCUUCACUGUAUCCACUCAUUCUUUGCAGCCAAAGUGGCUUGUUUGGACCCUUUGUAUGUAGGCAGCCAAGCCACAGCUUCUGCUGCUCCCACAACUUCUGGUACUGGCAAAUUAAAGUAUUCUACUUGACAUCCCCCAUGACAGCACUGCCACUUAACAAGGAGACAUAAAAAUGUAUAAAUAUAAGUUUUAGACCUUUGGUGAACCAUGUAUGUGGAAACCAACCCUGGAGGCAAGACAUCUUGCAGCAUCAGCAGAUAAAUGGUGAUGUGGGAUCAUAAUUUCAUCUCGGUUCUGCAAGACAUCAGUAAAUAAUCCUAGUCAAAACCCCAGAAUAGGAUGGAUAUGCUUUUAGUUUUAUCUAUUUGUACUUACAUAGUGCUUUAAGCAACAGUGGAAGCAAAGGAAUAAAUGGCGAAAUGAAGCACUUGAGUAUUUAAUAAAAUUUUCAAAUUGCUGUAAUAAUACACAAAUAGAAUUGUCAUUUUCCUCUUUUAAGAUGUUUUUUAAUGACAAUAUGCUAAACUCUGAGUAUGAACAUAAUGCCCUAUUGUUAUAUUGUAAAUAAGACCAAGCAUACAGUACAUGGUGACAAAGGAGAUAAACAUGAAAAGACAUUUGUGUAAGUACCUCCUCAAAUAAGAAAGCACUUUAAGCACUGCUGUACAUCCACACUUGUUUUCAUACAUGGAAUCAUGCUGCUUUUUCCAUUUUGUUCUCUUCAUCUAACAGGAACAACAGCAAACAUAUAGCCAUACUGGUCUGAUACAUUAAAAACAAAACAAAACAAAACAAGCCACAAAAAGAAAAAACACUUUCAUGGAUAAGUUCCUCUUCUUCAAGUAAAAAUAAUGGCAUAUUAAUUUAAUUUUAAUUAUAAAUUAGUGCAAGUACAAAACAUAGUGUGUCAUCUGUUUAUUUCCUCCUUUUUUUUUGUUAAGAAUUAAAUACUGUAAAUCUAACAGUCUUUGUUCACAAGAGUUGGAAAUUGUUUCAGACAAUACACUUAAUAUAUUGUUUCCACGGCUAACCUUGAUUUCACAUCAUAGUUGGAACUUAUGUUUCAUUUAAACUCUCAACAAAUAGACAUUUUUCAUUAUGCUUUAAAAAUUAUUUUACCCUUUGAAUUCUUAAUAAGUUAUUUAAUAAAUAUAUUGGUAGUAAGACGGGAAUAAAUUGAAUAAGCUAUAAAGAAUGCAUUACAGAAUGCAUAAUUUCUUUGUUUUUUAAGACCUUUGCAUCAUUCUGGAUCAAGUACUAGUUUCAGAGUAUCAUUUAAUGGUUAAAUAUAAAGGAGUUUAAAAUUAUUAACUUUGUUUAAUUGAAAUUUUAUAAUAUAAUUUUUGUGCUAUGACACACAUGAGUGACUCGUGUGGAAAAAAGGUAUAUAUUUUCAGGAGUAGUUUUUGGGGUUUCUAUUUAUUGUUUUGAAAUCAAAACUACCUUUCCCCCCCCCCUCCACUUAGAUUUGUUAGAGGCACUUAUGAGAUAGGACCACCAUCUUCCUUGUGUAGCAGAAAGAGUAAUUCUAUAACAUCCGUUUCUAUGGGUUAAGAUGAUCAAUACUUCAAAAGUGAAGCCAGAGGAGAACUUAUCCAAAUGGGAGCAAUUCAAAAUGCAAAGCAAGGACAAAAGAUGAAUGAAAUUAAGGAGCAAAUCAUGUGUCUGGUUUUUUUGCUUUGCAUUAGAAAUAUUUGGAUUUACUUGUGUGAGAGUAACAUUGUUUUGUAGCAUAGCUGAUCUAAUUUGAUACUAGUUCCAAAUAAUCUGAAAAUAUUUGGGAGAGGGGAACUCUUUUAUCACUUUCAAAGGUCUUCUGUUACACACGUACUUCCUAUUAGUACACCUUCAAGGGCUACACAUUUAUUUUCUAUCCUAAAUUCAGUGGAAUGAUGUAACAAUCCAGCUAUUAAAUGCCACUCUAAGUGGCAUCAAAAUUCUAUCUUUUCAUAGACACCAUAAUGAAAUUUUUAAUAAAUUGUCCCUAAAUAAGGGGGUCACAUCUGAAGGAUAGAUAAAGCUACCAUGGCUGUCCAUAGGAUCUCGAGCUUGGACACAAACCCCAGAUAUUUUGAAUCUAAAGCUAUAACAGUUUAAGAGGUUUAACAAAGGUAACUCAGGCACUGCCCUGGCAUAGAAAGCAUAUACAGGAAACACAAAUUUUGGCAGAGCAUUGACAGUGAUGAAAAGAGAAGCCUAAUAUCUUUUAAUGACAGUUCUCAGUGCUGCCAAAUAAUCUCCUCUACUUCAGUGCAUUACUGUGGCACUGUCACAACAGUGUGGCCAUGUGCUACCACCUCUGCUGCCAAUAGCAGAAUCUGAAACUGGAGAGGUGCUGGUUGAAUAUUUUCUCUUCAACUGUUCCUGUGAUGUGCAGUUGCAUUACUGAAUCUGAGGGGCGUUUAGGAGUCAUGCUUGAAUGAGCGUAACAUUUACCCAAACCAGCACAAAAUAUGCCAUUGCAAAUUUCUGUAGAUGAAGGAAUAUGAAAGCCCCCCUGAAGAUCUCUGUCAAGAAUUCUCUUUAUAGAACACCUGGAUUCAUCACUGAGAGUUUUGCAACUGAGCAUUAAAUAUAGAAUAUUUAAGAAACACAUUAGCCUGUAAUUUUUUGUUGUUGUUGUUGUUGCUUUUCUAAGGACGUAAACUGGUGGGGCUUCAUCGGUACUUUUAUUUUCAAGAAGAAAAGUGCUAUUGAGAGAAUAUAAGAUGUCAUAGCUUUAACUGCAGGUCAGUGUUGAUUUGUAAAUGCAGCAGGCAUUUGUGCAGUGACCUGACAAAAUAUUCAGAGGCGACUCUGCAUCCAACCUUGCCCUUGUAGAGCAACUUGGUCAGAAAUUCAGUCUUGAACCAAAGAGGCAAAAUUUUAAAUUCUGUGUUAUAACUAAUCCUGAAAUAUCAAAAUAAAAUUUACAAACAUAUUAAAUGGCUGCAUUUUGCAUUUAAAUGCCUACAUUUAAAGCAUAGUGAACUCCAUAUGCAUAUGUCAAAACUCAGGCUUUGCGUUUCAGCCUGUCAUUUCACACAUAGAGUAUAAUGAAUACAAAAGUGUUUUUUAAGUCAACACAGACCAUUGACAAUGAAAAGACAGAAUUAUAAUGAGCCAUCAGCUUUUGCUAAAAAUCUGUAUGCAAGUGAUA